UUAUUACAAUAGCGCAUGGAUGAUGCAAUUCAAUGAAAACGCUAACUCGACAUAUGUAUAAUGGCUGUCAUGGAUUUACGUUUGCGCCAAGUUCCCUUCGGCAGUUUUUGCAUGGUGACAUUGCUUCAAGUGGCUUGUAGUAUAAGCUUCACAGGGGACAUACCAGACCGUACAAUAAAGGCCAAACUAGAUGACGACGUCGCUCUGGGCUGGAGCUUCUCAUUCAACGAUUUGGGAGGCAAUCCAGUUGGCCCAUUUGGUGCUCCAGACGUUUACGAAAUCAGCUUUGGCAUUUAUAAAUCUAUACAUGGCGAAACUUUCUUGCUGGAUUUGAUAGAAAAAUGGAUUGGAGCCACUCAAAAUACAAAUUAA